GAAGAAGUUGCGUCGCGUUAAAAAAAAGUCCAAACGUCAAAAAUGCAAACCCGAAAUCGCGCCCCAUGCUUUUAUGGUUUAUGAUUUUUAAUCCUCCAAUACUUUAAUACGUACGAAGCUUGAAAGCCACAUUCACAUCUCUACAUAGCUUUACGUCUCUUGCUAAAUUACUGAAUGCAACCAGUAGCUGGACACCCUUCCGAAUGGUUGACACAGCCUGCCUAAUAAUACGUCUUUCCAGUUGCUAACUCUGGAACUAACUGAUGCCAAUCUACUUCUAACUUAUCAUCCUUUCCACUACUUUUUGUGCCAUCGACAUCAAUGAUGAUAGUUCUCUUUCAGCUUUUGCCCACUUAGUACUUACCUAGUACAUGGUACAUUUAAUCUAUCUCUUUUUACCUCAUAAACAUUAAUCUUAUCUUAUAUCCUUCCUUCGUCGUUCCCUACCAGCCAAACCGAUAUACGCACCUAAUCCCAACUACACAUCAUCCCUCUACUCCGACCACCCAUAUCCAACAUACUCCUUACCUUUACAACACAUUUGCGAAAAUCCUCAUAGAGUAUACGAGCCCGAGUCGCAAAAACAUUAAUUAAAAUAUCAAACACAUCUGAUAUUCGUCACAAUGGUAUCGUUAAGAAAGCGCGCCUUGCGCGACACUGAGCCCGAGGCCGAACCCGAGGCCGACAUGCCAGAACCUCCCAAGCAGAACCACCCGCCCUCUUUGCUUCAUCGUAUCAGAAAUACCUGGCAAUUCGCGAAUAUUUUCCAGUGGAUCUACUUAUUUGGCAAGGUCGUGAAGAUCGAUGAUAACUUUGACAUAGAUGACCUAGAAGCCGAAUUCAUGAAACCCCAUUCAACGGUUCUAGCCGACAUUGGCCUUGCCCUACUCAAAUUCGUAUCGUCGCAUCGUGGCUUGACGUCAGAAUUAUUUGACGAGUACACCCGCCGACAGUACGUUGCCAAGGCGCCUGAUCGAAACCCAUUCGGUACAGACGAGACGCCUGCCAAGUUUGAUGACUUUGAUGCUUUUACCAAGAUCAAAAUUCUACAUCAACUCACACAGUGGGUCAUGCUACAUCCCGAAAGAAUUAGGGAGAAAAUGGAUGAGCAGAAGCCUAGCGACCAAACCGAAUGGAGAAUUGAGCCCGCGGGCUGGGAUAGUGAUGACCGCACCUAUUACAUCUUAGAUGAUAACCGCAUGUAUCGGAUGACUGAAGCUUCACAGGCCCCUUCGGCGUGGAAACCAAAGAAGAAUACUAAAAAGGCCAAGGCGGCCGCAAGAGCUGCUAAACGACGUCGUGUAUCAAGAUCUACCGCACAGGAUGGCGAGGAUGUUGACGAUGACUCAGACGCCGAUCAACCUGCCGAACCAGAGGAUGAUGGUCUUGGAGGUGCAAAAUGGGAGUGUGUCGCAUCAAACCUUGUUGAAGUACAGGACUUUCUCAGUACUAUUCGGAAGACGCGGGAUGAGAACGAGAAGGUCCUGAGAAGCACUAUUGAGAAUCAUCUUCUACCCAUUUUUGAGAAGCAAGAGGAGUCUCGGAAGCGGAAAGCCUUACAGAGGGAAAAGGAAUUGCUGAACCUUGAAAAGAUGGCUCACGCCAAACGAUCCAGUCGCCUUGCCAAUAAAGCUGAGCAACAGCGCCUAGAGCAGCAAGCGAAAGAGGAAGAACAAAAGCGUCGCGCAGACGAGGUCGCAGCUCGAAAGCAAGAACAAAAACGACUAAAGAUGGAGAAAGAGCGUGACCGUCGCAUGGUAUCUCGGGCGCAACGACUUAGAGAACGAGAGGUCCGGCGGCUUCAGCAUGAAGAGGAAUUGGCGCAACUAUCUGAAGAUAGCAAGAACUUAAGUUCUGCCAAUGGUCGACUUUCUGAAAGACGGCUACAGGCAGAAAUCGAGAAGAACAGGCAAGCGCUACAGGAACUUGAAGAUGAAGAGGAUGACUGGAUUUUCGACUGCAUUUGCGGUGUUUAUGGCCAGAUCGAUGACGGCACACACAGUGUCUCUUGUGAGAAAUGCAAUGUCUGGCAACAUAGUAAGUGCGUCGGCAUUAGCGAAGAGGAAGCUGAUCGUGAUGAUUUCCACUUCAUCUGCAAGAGCUGUCGCCAGAAGAGUUCAGGCCCAGGAACACCCAAGUCGACUACCAUCAAACUUAAGGUCAACCAACCUGAUGGCUCGUCGUUACUUCCUAGCACAAAGUCGGACAACUCCUCUGCUCUAGAGCAACCCCGACAACCACAACACUCCAGCAUAAUGGUUGAGAUGCCUACAAAGUCUAGUUACAAUACCCAGCUCCCACACCCAGCCAAUAGAUCAGAGUCGCUUCAGCAGCCAAGUUCAAAAGCUGUCUUACAAAUUCAGCCCACUGCUCAACCCGUCAUUCCUAUCAAGCAAGCAGGCCAGCCGAGCAUGCCUCAACCAUCUUCACCAUUCGCCAUUAGUGACGGGGCCAAUCCCUUCUCUUCGCCACAUCCCAACUUAUCACCCCCAGAGCAGUCACCCAAUAAAGCCAGGGCCUAUUCGACCUUAUUCAAUCCAUCUUCACCAGUUUCCGGAAACCAACCGGGAGAACAUAAGGCACCGCGGAAAGGCAUGUUUCACAUCUCGCCAAAGGCCAAUGGUGCGGCAGCACCACCGUCGAGCAGUCUACCUCCUCAUGCCGAGGCCUACGUGCCCCCUGUCGCUGCUAGGUCUGAUUCGCCUUUGAAACAACCUCUGGAUGCCGCAAGCAACAGCUUGCCAGUCCUUUCACCUCCAGCUGUGUCGCUGUCAACUCUAACACGCCCCCAAAGUAGCGAUGUCAAUGUCCAACACGCAUUGCUUGCUACUCCCCAACUUAACCGGUUUAACCAGGCAGGGGCAAGGCUUGACACGACACCUAGUCUACCACCCACUCAGAAUGGGAUUUCGCCACUGAAACGUUCGCCGCCACCAAACCAACAUCCAGGUAGCGCAAUAACAUCAACACCAACACCAGCGAUUCUUCCCCCAGUGAGAGCUUUAUCGCCUUCGCCCUCGCAGCAAAUUCUAACACCACCAGUCAAGUCAUUUGACAAUACGCGGCCAGCAUCACCGCACUCAGGCAGUGUCGCUGGGGACGGAUAAGCUGUAACCUAUUGGAGCAAUUUGUUGCCACAGCAUGCCACAACAUGACUAUGAGCAAUUGAGAAGAGACCCCUUUUUCGCAUGGUUUGCAGGCGAUCAGUCAUAUUCUUGGCAUGAUCCUAGCCCUUUGGCCCGGACGGCCUUCGGGAGUAAACGGGGCAAGAGCGGUGACGAAGCCGGAAUAAAUAGAUAGGGGGGCGUAGGUUUCCGUCAUGGAUGCUAGAUAAUUGCGACGACACAUGAUGCAUUUCACGGCGCAUUAGACAGGUGGACUUCAUGUAGAUUAGAAGGGACAGUACAGUAUAAUAGGCGCAAUUAUAUGCGUUGGUGACGAAUAAGUCGGAGAGGGUGAUGAUAGUGACGAUGAUGAAGAUGUUGCGAUGUUGCGGUGAGGCUGAUAGGUAUAUUUAUAUGUACCUACUCAGCGCCUACAUAAUACUGAAUGCCUGCAUAUGUACCUAGGUAAGUGCCUACUACAUACGUGCAUACCUACCCACCUACCUAGGUUAGUAGUAUGUAAUGUAUGUAAUAAUAAUUCUGCAAUAGAUA